CUCGUAUCCAGGCCAUAAACUCCAAAAAAAAAUGUUGUUUGUCAAUUAGAAAUUUGACUUGACAGUCGGUUGCUUUAUAGGUUAGAUUUAGGUAUAUUUACAAAACUUUUAUUUUUGUGUGAAAAUACUGCAAAUAUUAGCUGUUAUUAUCUAAUGAUUAUUCCUCCGCAUUAAUAGAACUGUUUAAGGAUAUUAUAUUAAGUUAAACUAGCAAAAUGCCAACUUGGAAUCAAAUUCAAUCUCAACUUCGGAACCCAAACAAUCCUGUUGUAUUUUUUGAUAUAACUGUUGGGACUACGGAAAUAGGGCGUAUGAUAUUUGAAUUGUUUGCGGAUGUAGUGCCCAAAACCAGCGAAAACUUCAGAGAAUUCUGUACAGGAGAGUAUAGAAGAGAUGGUGUGCCACUUGGGUAUAAAGGAGCUACAUUCCACAGGGUCAUUAAGGACUUUAUGAUCCAAGGUGGAGACUUUGUCAAUGGUGAUGGUACUGGCGUCAUGAGUAUAUAUGGAGGAAGCACAUUUGCAGAUGAAAACUUUGCACUAAAACAUGACUCCCCUGGUUUACUAUCAAUGGCUAAUAGUGGUAAAGAUACAAAUGGCUGCCAAUUCUUCAUAACAUGUGCUAAGUGUAACUUUUUAGAUAAUAAGCAUGUUGUGUUUGGGAGAGUAAUAGAUGGACUUCUUGUUAUGAGAAAAAUAGAAAAUGUUCCUACUGGACCAAACAAUAAACCAAAAAUACCAGUAACAAUAUCACAGUGUGGACAAAUGUGAAUAAAACU